AUGUUAAUCACUAAAGGCGGUGGUUGUGAAUCGCAGAUGUUUUAUUCUCAGUGGAAAUAUAUAUAUGGCGGGACCCCUCGAAUCAAAGAAAUUUAUGAUGCGAUGAUAAAACUAGUGGAAUUGUGUACAGAAACAAAUGUUAGUGUUGAUCGGUGGAUAUCUCGCCUUGGUUCUUGUGGUUGGCUUCAGUUUGUCUCUGAUAUGCUUACAUGUGCAGCAACAGUAGCCCAGUGUCUGCACUAUACAAGUAGCUCAGGAAAGCUGUUGUUAGAAGUACCAGUUGUAGUACAUGGUGCUGAAGGUACUGAUUCCACUCUUUUGAUAACUUCUUUGGCACAGCUUCUUCUGGACUCUGAUUCGCGUACUAUUCGAGGUUUUCAAUCCCUUGUUGAACGAGAAUGGAUUUGUGCUGGUCAUCCUUUCUCUCAGAGGUGUGCUCAUUCAGCUUUUGCCCCCAGUAACAUUGCAGAACCUUACGUAUCGCCAGUGUUUCUUUGUUUCUUAGAUUGUGUUUGGCAGGUAUACCAGCAGUUUCCAUGUUCGUUUGAAUUCACCGAAGAGUUUCUAAUAUUUUUAUUCGAGCAUGCUUAUGCAUCUGAAUUUGGAUCUUUUCUCGGAAACAAUGAGAAAGAAAAAGCGAAAUUUGGAGUUAAAAAUCGGACAGUGUCUCUAUGGUCAUAUGUAAACAAUCCAGAAAUAUUGCGUACGUUUGUGAAUGCUUUGUAUGAACCGAACCCAGCAGUGCUCUGGCCAUGUGUCGCCCCGCAGAGUAUCUAUUUUUGGGAACGCUUAUUUUUGCGCUGGAUUCGUGAGUGGAAGCAGAUGGAUGAUGUAAAACAAACAAUGGUGCAGUGGAAAGUACGAGAGAAGGAAUUACAAUCGAAGGUUCUUACUCUUCGAAGGCAGUUUAUGGAAUUAUCGAAAAGUAUGCAUCUCAUGAAUGCGUCUCACUAA